AUGAAAAUUAAAAUAUACCAGGUCGAUGCCUUUACUGAUCAAUUAUUUGGCGGCAACUCUGCAGCGGUAUGCCCAUUAGACGAGUGGUUACCUGAUUCAUUAAUGCAACAGAUUGCUGCUGAAAACAAUCUGGCUGACACGGCUUUUUUCGUGCCAAAGUCCAACAAUGAUGGAUAUGAACUUCGUUGGUUUACGCCUCAACUAGAAAUAGAUCUUUGUGGUCAUGCGACAUUAGCAGCUGCACAUAUCAUUUUCACUGAAAUGUCCUCAGUGAAUGAGGAAAUCAACUUUCAAACCAAGAAAGCUGGUGCACUUAAAGUAACCCGCCAAAAGAAAAAUGGUUUAUACACCCUCAAUUUUCCAGCUCGUCCAGUAGUCAAAACUGAUGUACCUGAUGGACUGUUGUUAGCGUUACGCAGCAAUGUAACUCCCAUUGAAGUUUAUAAAGCAAGAGAUCAUAUGCUCGUUUAUGAAAAAGAGGCUGAUGUCAAACAAUUGUCGCCGGAUUUUAUGGCGUUAGCUAAAAUUGAUUCUGUUUUUAGUGUGAUUGUUACUGCUCCCGGUGAUGAAGUCGAUUUUGUUUCGAGGUUUUUUGCCCCGAGUGCUGGCAUUCCCGAAGAUCCUGUUACUGGUUCAUCACAUUGUAGUCUCACCCCUUAUUGGGCUGAACGGUUGGGUAAAAAUCAGCUGCAUGCUUAUCAGAUUUCGGCGCGUAAAGGAGAGCUUUGGUGCGAAAAUCAAGGUGACAGGGUGCUCAUGUCUGGCAAAGCAGUCACCUAUUUAAAAGGUGAAAUAAAUGUUUAA